AGGUGUGCGCAAGCGCACUGUAUCCUACCUCCUGCAACCCGGCCGCCGGUGACCUGCACCCGGCCGCCGGGUGGGCUGCGGUGGCCGAGGCGGAGGUCGGCCGCGGGGCGAGCAGACUUGGUUUCUUCAAGGCCUGGUCACCCCUGCACCGACUGUCCUGGACUUGGGUACCCCAGGACAAAGGACCCACAGAGCAGGACGGGCGUCUAGCUUGCACAAAGCCAAAGCCACGGAAGGAAGAGAGCUGCCACUGAUGAAAGGAGUUGGUGCAGUUUGUGGUUUUGUGAGGCAGGGUCCCACGUAACCCGAGUUUGGCCUUGAGCUUGGGAUCCUCCUGCCUCCAGCUCCCAAGCUCUGGGAUCACAGGUUCCUCAUGACUUCUCUUGCGGACCAUGCCCAUGAUCUUUUUUGCCAGCGUAGUACGGGUGAGGGAUGGACUGCCCCUCUCCGCCUCCACUGACUUUUACCACGCCCAGGAGUUUCUGGAAUGCAGGAGGCAGCUCAAGGCCUUAGCCCGGAGGCUGGCUCAGUAUCCAGGCCGAGGUUCUGCAGAAAGCCGUGACUUCCAUAUCUAUUUUUCGUCGUCGGGGGACGUGGCCUGCAUGGCUAUCUGCUCACACCAGUGUCCAGCAGCCAUGGCCUUCUGCUUCCUGGAGACUCUGUGGUGGGACUUCACGGCCUCCUAUGGCACCACGUGCAUUGGCCUGGCCUCCCGGCCCUACGCUUUUCUCGAGUUCGACAGUGUCAUUCAGAAAACAAAGUGGCAUUUUAACCACACGAGUUCCUCCCAGAUGAAGAGUGGCUUAGAAAAGAUUCAGGAGGAGCUUGAGUUCCAGCCUCCAGCAGUUCUGUCCCUGGAGGGCACAGAUGUGACAAAUGGCAUGCUGAACGGCCACACCCCAGUGUACUCUGAGCCUGCUCCGAAUGUCCGGAUGGAGCCGGUGACAGCCCUGGGUGUCCUCUCCCUUGUCCUCAACAUCAUGUGUGCUGCCCUGAACCUCAUCCGUGGAGUUCACCUCGCAGAGCACUCUUUACAGGUUGCCCAGGAAGAAGUUGGAAACAUCCUGGCCUUCUUUAUUCCUUCUGUGGCCUGCAUGGUCCAGUGUUAUCUGUACCUGUUCUAUAGUCCAGCAAGGACUCUGAAGGUGGUGCUGAUGCUGGCCUUCAUCUGCCUGGGCAAUGUGUACCUGCAUGGGUUGAGGAACACCUGGCAGAUCCUCUUCCACAUCGGAGUGGCUUUUCUGUCUUCGUAUCAGAUCCUGACCAGACAGCUGCAGGAGAGGCAGUCUGACUAUGGAGUGUGAGGACAGCAUCAUGCAGUGAUGCCUUUGAUUUUUUUCCCCCGGAAGGCCAGUCUGUUUCCACUCCUGCUUCUCAACUUCACCUCAAAUCUCCAUCCUUGAAGCUCACAGAUUCUGGCAGGUGCAGCGGAGGACCCAGGGCUGCUGGUUGCAGUCUUGGUCUGCGUGGAACAUUUGUGCAGAACUGCCAGCCGAGCACAGGACGGGGCGGCCGAAGCUGGAGCUUGCUCAGAGAGCAUCUCUGAGGUCAGAGUAGCAAUGUUUUGGUCUCCCGAAUGGAAUGAUACUGCAAACCGCUAGAUUCUGUAGUUUUAGUCAUUGGUGGGUGUCUGCUGAAGUCCGUUUGCAGCUUCAGUGUGACUCCAGCUGUCCUCAGAGUGUCAGUUCAGGGUGAAUAUGCUUCAUACGUAUAAGCUAGGUAAAUUUUGUUUACAUUUUUGAUAACUUGGGUUCGAUAUACUUUUGGAAUAUUUAAAUAUAUUUUGGAUAUAAAUUGAAGCUCAUUUAGAACAAAGGCAAACUUAGACUGAGGAAAUGCUAAGGAAAUCCGAGUUUAUUUAAUUUACAGAGACCUUUUAUGGUGAUGGGACUGUUAUGGUGGGAUACAGAUGUGGUUUAUAUCUAUUUUCAGGGUCUAGCUGAAGAUCUCUAAAUUAAUAACCAAUAUUACUGGGUCAUAAGCACAUGGGCAUGAGCAGACGUAAGAGCUUUAGGGUCCUUUCCAUGGGGCAGAGAGGAGUGGGAAAUGCCGGGGUUCAGAGGUCCUUGACAGAAUUAGGGAGAGGCUUCCGUCAUCAGGCGUUGCGUGGCAGCUGAGUGCCUGUCAUGGCGGCAUUGCUGGAGAUGUGGUCUUGCGAACCUCCCAGAGAGGCCUCCCCUGAGCAUCUCAGUUAGACCAAGGGCCUCACUGUUCUGUGGACAGGCAUUAAGUAGGCAUUAGCGCAGUAAGGCUUUGUGUGACUGACAUGCGCGUUGCAAAGCUGCUGAGAUGUGCUUCUGAGUCAGAGCCUCUGUGUCUCCAGUGUGGGUGUCUGGUGGCACUCAGGAAGCUAUGUUGGGGUUCACCCCUCUGACUUCUUCUUGGAAUAGUGCACUCACAGCUGUGUGGGCUGACCUGUAUGGCUCCAUAAUUGGUAAUCCUGUACUGAUCGUUUUUAAAGGAGAAAGCCAUCCCCAAAGUUACUGAGGAGUAGGGCGGACAGGAGUGGAGGGUUAGAACUCUUUUGUUCGGCUGUCCCUAGUACCAUGUGUUGGUGAGCCACCAGGUGUCAUUUUAGGAGAGAGCGUCCGUGACUCAGAACUGGGUUGGGAAAGUAUUGCCAUUGUGAUUUUGUUUCCUUAGAGAAUUUUCUGUUUUUAGUCAAAUCUAUAAUGUCUGGGUUUGAAUUCAUAAUGGGAACAUCCUUGGGCGUGAAUUUCAACCUUGUGUCUUUGUUGAUUUCACACCUAUGUGAUUUUGUAUAUACUGUGCAGGCAAAUGCUGACUCUUCUGAGAGAGAAUUUUGAAGUGGCCAAAGAGGAAGCCAGAGGGAGGAGAAAAUUCUUUUAAUUCAAAGCACACACUCAAAAAAUUUUUUAAAGUAAGUUAAAAAAGAUCAGCCUAAAAAUAUAUUGUUUUCCUCGUAAGCCUGUGUGGUAUUGUGUUGCCUGUGUCUGGAGACCACACAUACUCGAGGGUCUGAGCCUGUGGUUGUCAGUUCACAAGUGGUAACGAAGCAGUCCCUGAGGGUGAGCCCUUGCUAGAGAUACUUCAUAGAAGCUAGUGAGGGUGUUAUCCACACUUGGUUGACACAGCUUGUGAGUUAUCAUCUACACAGGGUUCCAGACUGUCAUAUAUGGAAGGAAAAAGUGUCCGCGAGGGAAACAGAAAACAGAGAACCUUUAACCGGAAUCUAGCCAAGAAGCCUCACCUCCCUAGCGGAAGUGACUGGUGACAGGAAAGGAGCUCCAGGGAAACCCCAGGCUUUGGGCUAACUUACUCAGGCCUAAAUGGUGGUAGCCCCCGUGGGAUUUUUGAUGCCAGGAAGCUGGUCCCACGGCAGGAGUGCUCCUCGGUCCACCGUGCACGAUGCUGCUCUGGCAUCUUCAGAUGAGUGGUCAGGUGGUGCUGCCCAGCUGGCUCCCGUGAAACGGUGUUGAACAGCCUCAGGGGCGCUCCGGUCCAGAUGAAACGGUGUUUGUUGAACAGCCUCAGGGGCGCUCCGGUCCAGAUGCUCACAGACUUUGGGCUUCUGCAAGUGCUGUGUCUCUGCUGAUAUCUGGAUGGGAGUGGCCCAGCAGAAAGCAUAUGAUUUGGGUUACUUUUCCCUCAGUGAUCCUUAUCUUGGCGGGGACUGUACCUGGCUUUCCUUUUUCUAGGUGGAUACAGCUGGGCCAUCUAGGGUCGAGUUUCCUCUCAGUCCCAGAUGCCUCACUGACUCAUGGCUGUGGUUCUUGCUGUCCAUGAACCCUGCUGACAUGCAUUGUGGGCCUUUUCCUUGACCCGCCUUUCUUUCCUAGCUGCCGUGAAUUCCCUCUCCCCUGCCUGCUUCCACUCUGCCUCCUACAUUCCUGUCUCCACAUAGAGGUACAGGCUGGAGUCUGUGGAGAGACAGGAAUCAUGAUGGAAAGGGAGCUGGCUUUGCAGUCUCACCCUCUGCCCCACCAUGGCUCAGCACUCAGGAGAAACAACUCUUUGGCUGUCAUCCCUGAUGGGGGCUAGGGCAAUAGCAGCAGACCCAUGAAUGUGGCUGUUUGGAGCAUAGGAAACAGGGAACGAGGGCCGAACUUCUGUUCACACCUAUGCUAUGUUGAUCCUUGAAGGAGGAGCUGCCUGCUCAUUGUAAUACCAACACAGCCCUUUAAUCUCUUCUACAUGUUUGACAAUGAAUGACACACGGGAGAAGCCGGGCAUGUCCAGGAGUGCACACACAAGAGAGGCUGGGCAUGUCCAGGAGUGCACACACAAGAGAGGCUGGGCAUGUCCAGGAGUGCACACACAAGAGAGGCUGGGCAUGUCCAGGAGUGCACACACAAGAGAGGCCGGGCAUGUCCAGGAGUGCACACACAAGAGAGGCCGGGCAUGUCCAGGAGUGCACACACAAGAGAGGCCGGGCAUGUCCAGGAGUGCACACACAAGAGAGGCCGGGCAUGUCCAGGAGUGCACACACAAGAGAGGCCGGGCAUGUCCAGGAGUGCACACACGAGAGAGGCUGGGCAUGUCCAGGAGUGCACACACGAGAGAGGCUGGGCAUGUCCAGGAGUGCACACACAAGAGAGGCCGGGCAUGUCCAGGAGUGCACACACAAGAGAGGCUGGGCAUGUCCAGGAGUGCACACACGAGAGAGGCUGGGCAUGUCCAGGAGUGCACACACAAGAGAGGCUGGGCAUGUCCAGGAGUGCACACACAAGAGAGGCUGGGCAUGUCCAGGAGUGCACACACAAGAGAGGCCGGGCAUGUCCAGGAGUGCACACACAAGAGAGGCCGGGCAUGGUCAGGAGUGCACACACGAGAGAGGCCGGGCAUGGUCAGGAGUGCACACACGAGAGAGGCCAGGCAUGUCCAGGAUGCUCAGGUCUGGGGCCAUUCUGCCUGUGUGCUGUGAGAGCCAAGAACGGUGGAGGAAGGAAGAGAAACCAGGUGUGCCCUGGAGAGAUGAAGUAAGGGAAGGGUCUCACAGGUCAGCCCACCCAGUGGCCUGGAGACUUCCGCUCAGUCCUGGUCACAGUGGGAAUCCCUGCCUGCUGUCCUCAGUGUCUUCACCUGCAAGAGGACAGGAACACCAGUUUGCAAUCCCUGUAUGCUCCUGUGAGAAAAGCAUAUGCACUUGCAAGUGGCCACAGGGUGGAUUGUCAUAGAGAAAGAGAAGGGUUGCCAGAUUGCUGGGUGUGUGCAGCAGGCAGCAGACCUCACCUAUGUUCAAGCAUUCACAAGGUGACAUUUUCUGCUGCUGCAGAUUAAGGCUCCAUGCCUUCAUUCCAGAAAGGAAGUGGCUCCUUUCUCCCUGGACCUGCCUCUGGGUUUUUGUGCAUGGAUCGUUAUCAUCACUAGACCUGCUUUAGGAUCCAGGAAUCUAGUCUGUAGACUGGAUCAGACUUCAGUGUCUGUCUCCAGUCUCAACAAGGAGAGCCCCUCUCCGCCCACUCACCCACCCAGAAGCGAUGCUGUCACUCUUGUGUCUCUGGGGACAGCCGUGGAAGGGGGCUUACUCUUCACAUCUGGUAAUAGUGGGCUAGGGGAAUGCCUGCCCGUGGGAAGUGAUGGGCAGGGCUGUGGCCCACAAUUGCCUUAAAUUAAACCCAUUCUUUCUUUCCCUUUGACCCAUGUCUGCUGCACUAUGUGUAACCUUUAACCCUUAACAUUGAUAUCCUUAAUUGCUUCAGAAACGUUAUCUAAUGAAUACUUCGUAUGACUCGGCCCCCUAGGAUUUGAUUUGGCUUAGUGGGUUUUUCUAAGAACAUAAAAAAUUGAGGCUAAUUUAGGCAAAACCAUUUAUUCCACAUACUCAUCCCUAGGGUUUGGUGCCCAUAUUAUAAGCUACUUUUCAACUGAUAACAAAGAUCUAUUUUGAGUACAUGAUGGGCACAUUUUAACUUUCACAUACUGGUAAACUGAAACUUGUGACAAUGUACUGAUGUUGUACAGCUGUUUAUAUACCGUGUAUAUUAAAAGGACAUGAGGUGGCUUCAGAAUUGUGUGGAGAAUAAAUCUAAAGUGUUUACCAAUG